GUCUAACUGUCAUACGAUGGCAGCCACGGCGCAGAACGAGGUCUCGGUGAUCGAGCUGAAGGCUGAGAUCGAGAGACUCAGUCGGGAGCUUGACCAGGCCAGUAGCGAGAAGAUACAGUCAGCACAGUUGGGACUGGUCCUUCUAGAAGAGAAGAGCGCCCUACAGCAAAGAUGCGACGAGUUAGAAAGCCUGUACGAGAACACAAGACACGAACUGGAAAUCACUCAGGAGGCACUGAUGAAACUGGAUUCAACACAAAAAGUAACAACACGGAGUGGUAUUGAACAGGAAAAUGCAUUGCUCAAUGAAUCAGCAGCUAUGGAGAGCUCUCUCACUCUUCAAAUCAUCGAGCUGGAAGGAGAAACUAAACAGUUGCGUCAUGAACUCGAUCGCGUUAUAAGCGAGCGAGACCGACUUCUAGCAGAGAGCUCCGAGCUCGGACAAGACAAAGCUACCAGGGAAUCAGAGAGAGUGGCGCUGCGGGCCGAGCUAAGAGAAGCCAGGCAGAGAGAACAGAGAUUGUUAGUUGAUAUUGGAGACUUGGAAGACGAAAAUAUAUCGCUGCAGAAGCAAGUCUCAGCUCUUAGGUCGUCACAAGUCGAAUUUGAAGGCUUAAAACAUGAAGUCAGACAGCUACGUGAAGAGGCGGAAAAUGCGCGCGCCGCAGCCGACGAAACCGCAGCGUUGCGUCGUAUUGCCGAAAGACAACUCGCCGAAGCGCUUGAAGCGUUGCAAGCGGAGCGUGAAGCUAAAUUCGCGGCGAAGAAAGAACUGGAUGCCCACCUUAGCCGAGAGGCCGCUUAUAACAUCACUAACUUGGCGUAUAGUAUACGAGGUAUGCCAGAAGACGGCACAGAGGACGAAGGAGAGCCCGGCGGAUCUACAUCGGCAGAGUUGGCGACGGCCAUGGGCGACCAUCACGCCGACCUCUUCUCGGAGGUGCACCUACAUGAGAUCUCGCGUCUGGAGAAGCAGCUUGAACAGGCACAUAAUGAGAAUAUCCAGCUAACUGCAUCGAUGCGCACCGCACAACAGACGGCCGAGUCAGAGAGCGCAGCUGCGGCUACCCUGCGCGCCGGCCUCACUCGAGCAGCUUCCAAGAUCACAGCGUUGCACUCGCUACACGGAGACUGUGCGCCCUUGGACGACGAGAAAGUGGAAGGUGGGGUGUCGGCUCGCGCGGCGAAGUGGCUAACGUGGUGGCGAGUGUCCGGUGGAGAGCUGUCGGGGGUUGCGGCGCUGCUGCACGAGCUGCAGAAUGGCGCGGUACCGGCCGAUACCGCGGCGGGCGUGCAGCGACAUGCGCUGGCGCAGCUUAGCGACAGGGUGGCCGAGGCCGAAGUGCGCGCGCAGGCGCUACAAGCCGACGCCGACUUGUUGCGGCAACUGGCUGGAGGUGCGGGCCGCGCCCUGGCGACGGCGGCGCCGGCGCUGACGUCGGCCGCGGAGACUCUCGCGCAAAUCUACCACCACGUGUGCGCCGUGAACGGCACGCAGCCGGAGCGGCUGCUGCUGGAGCACGCCGGCCAGCCCCACGUACCAGGGUCGGAGGAACGCGUUGUGGAGGACGAGGCGCUGGCGCUGGCGGCGGGCGAGCUGGAGGGGCUGCGGGCGGCUGGCGGCGUGGCGCGCUCGGCAGACACGCUCUUGGACCAGCUCACGCACCUGCGCGCCGCGCUGGACACGGCACUCGACUCGCGCAACAGGCAUCAACCAGUAAUGGAGACGGAGGAACGUGGCGCGGAACUAGCAGAGCUUCAAGAACAAGUCAUAAAACUAAAAUCUCUGUUAUCAACGAAGCGCGAACAAAUAGCUACAUUGCGUACUGUGCUCAAGUCAAACAAGAACACGGCGGAGGUCGCGCUGGCCAACUUGAAGUCCAAGUACGAAACGGAGAAGACUAUCGUCACCGAGACCAUGCUCAAGCUGAGGAACGAGCUGCGGCUGCUUAAGGAGGAUGCUGCCACCUUCUCAAGCUUGCGCGCAAUGUUCGCGGCACGGUGUGAGGAGUACGUGACGCAAGUGGACGAGCUGACGGCGGCGCUGUCUGGCGCCGAGGAGGAGAAGAAGACGCUCAACCAGCUGCUGCGGUUGGCAGUGCAGCAGAAGCUUGCGCUCACGCAGCGGCUCGAAGAACUUGAGGUGGACCGCGAGAUGCGCACGCGGCGCGUGCCCAAGGCGGCGGGCGCGCCGCGCACGCGGCCGCGCGACUUCUAG